UCUAACCGCCGCUAAUUUUCUACUCUCUUCGGCUGUGCCAUUUAUAGCUCUCCUCCGCCUCUGCUCCUCGCUCCAUCACAGUCCAAAACCCCCAAGGCAAGAACUUUCUCGCUCUUCUUCUCCUUCUUCCCCUCCUCGUUGUCUCUCCGAAACUGGAACAUGGUGCAACAACACAGAAUCUACGUCCUGCAGUUCGACAAGGGGGAGCCGGACCAGCAGGAGCUCUCAUGCAAGGUCUCCCCGCCCAAGGGCGCCGGCCGCCGGAUCAUGUACUACUACCAUGACUACGGCAGCGGCGGCGGCGGCGGUGCCGGUGGCGGCAAGAACGGCAAGACGCCCAAGUCCAGGACGCUCAGCCCGCGCGGAUUCUUUGGCUUGCUCCUCAUCUGCUUUUUCGGGCUAGUGACGCUCCUCGCGGCUCCAGGCGACUUCUUCUCCUUCGCGCGCGUCAAGGAUGCGGCGGCGGCGGCAGCCACGCAGCAGCGCGCGCCGUGCUCCGGGAUCACGGGCAACGACACCCUGUGCUGCGACCGCACGUCGACUCGCGCGGACAUGUGCUUCGCGCGCGGCGACGUCCGCAUGCACUCGGCGAGCCAGUCGUUCCAGCUCGUGUCCUCGUCGCCUCCGGCGGCGGCGCAGGACGAGGAGGAGAGGAUACGGCCGUACACGCGCAAGUGGGAGGCGCAGGUGAUGAAGACGAUCGACGAGGUGCGGUUCCGUCGCGUGGCCCCCGGCGACGCGGCGCGCUGCGACGUGGUGCACGACAUGCCGGCGGUGCUGCUGUCCACCGGCGGGUUCACGGGCAACGUGUACCACGAGUUCAACGACGGGCUGCUCCCGAUGUUCGUGACGGCGGGGCACCUGAACCGCCGCGUGGUGUUCGUGAUCCUCGAGUACCACGACUGGUGGAUCACCAAGUACGGCGACGUGGUGUCCCGCCUCUCGGCGUUCCCGCCCAUCGACUUCACCGCCGACCGCCGCGUGCACUGCUUCCCGGAGGUGAUCGCGGGGCUCCGCAUCCACGGCGAGCUCACGGUGGACCCGGCCAGGACCCCCGACGGCAGGAGCAUCCGCGACUUCCGGCGCCUCCUCGACGACGCGUACCGCCCCCGCAUCCAGUACCUGGAGCGCAUCGAGCGCAAGGCCGCCCGCAAGCAGCGCCGGGCCAACGCCGCCGCCGCAGCCGAGAAGGCGAGGCUCGCGCUGCUGACGAGUCGACGGCCGCGGCUGACGAUCGUGUCUCGGACGACCUCCCGCGUGAUCGAGAACGAGGCGGAGCUGGUGUCCCUGGCGACGGAGGUCGGGUUCGACGUGCGCGUGAUCAGCCCGGAGCGGAGCACGGAGAUGUGCAAGAUCUACCGGGACCUGAACGGCAGCGACGCGAUGGUGGGCGUGCACGGGGCCGCCAUGACGCACUUCCUCUUCAUGCGCCCGGGGAAGGUGUUCAUCCAGGUGGUGCCGCUGGGCAUGGACUGGGCGGCGAACGAGUACUACGGCGCCCCCGCGGCGCGGCUCGGGCUGCGGUACGUGGAGUACAGGAUCCGGCCGGAGGAGAGCUCGCUGGCGCGCGAGUACCCCGCGGGCGACCCCGUGCUGACGGACCCCGCCGCCGUGUCGCGGCGCGGGUGGGAGGUGACCAAGAAGGUGUACCUGGACCGGCAGAACGUGCGGUUGGACCUGGCGCGGUUCCGGGAGCAGCUGGUGGACGCCCACCGCUACCUCGCCACCUCCGCCGCCGCCGGCGGCGGAAAGCGGAAGCGGCGGCCGAGGAGCAAGGCCGCCGUGAUGUGAUCGGUCAGAUCAGAUCAAAUCGGAGGUCCCGUAUAGCAGUACCGUAGAUCAAAUUCACACCUUUUUUCUUCUUGUUGCUACUUACAGUUACAGUUACAGCUGACUUGAUUCAUACCAUACCUGACCAAUUCAUUUCGUUACUAGUAGAUUAUUAAGAAGCAUGUGAGUCGAUGUACUACCCGUGAUCGAUCGGUGUCGGUUUUCUACAGUUUUUUACAGUCCUCGGACGUGAUGUGAAUAUAUACUCCUGAAUAAGAGGAUUCAGUUGCAUA